AGCAGAGUUAGGAAGAAGGGGGAAAAGUUUGCAUCGGGGCUGGAUUUUAUUUGCACAUCGCUUGGAAGAAGAGAAUCCAACGGAGAGGGGUUGGUGCAAAGCCGCGAUCACGGAGAUGGGUGUGCGGAUCGCAGGCAAUGCCCCUUCGGUCAGUGCGUGGUGGAGUUGCCCAGUGUACGUGGGUUAGACCUGUCCGGGCAGCGGGAAUUCAGAUGUGUUCUAAGCCCGCUGGAGUGACCACACUUCCAAGACCUGAUGGAGGCCAGAGCUCAGAGUGGCAGCGGGUCGCAGUCCUUGCUGCAGACACCCCGUGACGGUGGCAGGCAGCGAGGGGAGCCCGACCCCAGAGAUGCCCUCACCCAGCAGGUACACGUGUUGUCUCUGGAUCAGAUCAGAGCCAUCCGAAACACCAAUGAGUACACAGAGGGGCCUACUGUGGUCCCGAGACCUGGGCUCAAGCCUGCUCCUCGCCCCUCCACUCAGCACAAACACGAGAGGCUCCAUGGUCUGCCCGAGCACCGCCAGCCCCCCAGGCUCCAGCACCCACAGGUCCAUUCUUCCGCACGAGCCUCUUUGUCCAGAUCCAUCAGCACAGUCAGUUCGGGGUCUCGGAGCAGUACGAGGACAAGUACCAGCAGCAGUUCCUCUGAACAGAGACUGUUGGGACCAUCUUUCUCCUCGGGACCCGUCGCUGAUGGGAUAAUCCGCGUGCAGCCCAAAUCAGAGCUCAAGCCAGGUGAGCUUAAGCCACUGAGCAAGGAAGAUUUGGGCCUGCACGCCUACAGGUGUGAGGACUGUGGCAAGUGCAAGUGUAAGGAGUGCACCUAUCCUAGGCCUCUGCCAUCAGACUGGAUCUGCGACAAGCAGUGCCUUUGCUCAGCCCAAAACGUGAUUGACUAUGGGACUUGCGUGUGCUGUGUGAAAGGUCUCUUCUAUCACUGUUCUAAUGAUGACGAGGAUAACUGUGCGGACAACCCGUGUUCUUGCAGCCAGUCUCACUGUUGUACACGCUGGUCUGCCAUGGGCGUCAUGUCCCUCUUUUUGCCUUGUUUAUGGUGUUACCUUCCAGCCAAGGGUUGCCUUAAAUUGUGCCAGGGGUGUUAUGACCGGGUUAACCGGCCUGGAUGCCGCUGUAAAAACUCAAACACGGUUUGCUGCAAAGUUCCCACUGUCCCACCCAGGAACUUUGAAAAACCAACAUAGCACCAUUAAUCAGGAAUAUGACAGUAAUAAGGAUUGUCUUUUGUUUUUGUUUUUGUUUUUUUUUUAACGCAUAUGCAACCAACUAAACAGUUAGAAUCUUGGCACUGUUAAUAGAGGGUUGGGAUAGCCUUCGCUGUUUGCAGUGAAAUGCUUUUUGUCCAUGUGCCGUUUUAACUGAUACGCUUGUUAGAACUCAGCUAAUGGAGCUCAAGGUAUGGGAUACAGAACUUGGGGACCCACGUGUUGCAUAAGCUAAAACAACAGACACUCCCAGGCAAAGUUUUUGUUUGUGAAUAGUACUUGCAAAAUUUGUAAAUUAGCAGAUGACUUUUUUUUCCCCAUUGUUUUCUCCAGAGAUAAUGUGCUAUAUUUUUGUAUAUACAAUAAUAUUUGCAACUGUGAAAAACACGUUGUGUCAUGCUAUAUGGCACAGUCACAAAAUAUUAUACUAAUAUGUUGUACAUUCGGAAGAAUGUGAAUCAAUCAGUAUGUUUUUAGAUUGUAUUUUGCCUUACAGAAAAGCCUUUAUUGUAAGACUCUGAUUUCCCUUUGGACUUCAUGUAUAUUGUACAGUUACAGUAAAAUUCAACCUUUAUUUUCUAAUUUUUUCAACAUAUUGUUUAGUGUAAAGAAUAUUUAUUUGAAGUUUUAUUAUUUUAUAAAAAAGAAUAUUUAUUUUAAGAGGCAUCUUACAAAUUUUGCCCCUUUUAUGAGGAUGUGAUAGUUGCUGCAAAUGAGGGGUUACAGAUGCAUAUGUUCAAUAUAAAAUAGAAAAUAUAUUAACGUUUGAAAUUAAA